CUCAAACAUUGAUUUUAAUACAGAAGCCAAAUAAACCCAAUUCAGAUCCUACAUCGUAUAGGCCCAUAGCUUUAUCAACUGUACUAGCCAAAGUUGCCGAACACUUAAUAAAAAUUCGAUUGGAAUGGUUUAUAGAACAUAAUAAACUUUUAUCAUGUAAUCAAUUUGGUUUCAGGAAAGGUAAAUGUACUCUUGACAGUUUAAGCAUUUUUACCACAGAUAUCAGAAUAAGUUUCUCUAAAAAUGACUCUUUAGUUGCUGCUUUUCUAGAUAUAAAUGCUGCGUACGACAACGUCAAUAUUUCAGUUUAAAAAAAUAAAUUAAUUCAACUAGAUGUUCCUAACUUUUUGAUUAAUUUUAUAAUAAAUAUGUUACAUGAAAGGUAUAUAAAGUAUCCAUUAGACCAGUCUGGAAAUGAAGUCAUUAAAAGAACAGUUUGGAAGGGUCUGCCACAAGGAUCUGUCUUGAGUCCUUUACUAUACAACAUUUAUACUUAUGAUUUGGAACUUUCUGUUGAAGGGCAGGUUAAUGUUCUUCAAUACGCCGAUGAUUUGCUCUUAUGUUUCUGGGCGAUCUUUAGAAAACAUUAGUAAUAUAUUAUCAUCAUCUUUGAGUGCCUUAAAUAAUUGGUUGAAUAAUAAUGGAUUAGAUCUUUCGCCCCCUAAAAGUUCUGUUGUAGUUUUUUCACGAAUGAAAAAUAUUCCACCUAUUAACGUGCAUUAUAAUGGUAUUCCAUUGGUAAUCAAAGAUAGUGUAAAAUUUUUGGGAGUUAUAUUAGACUGUAAACUAACUGGACUUCCUCAUUUUGAAAAUAUUGUAUUAAGAUGUGAACGGAAUCUGAACAUUUUAAGAUGUCUGACAGGAGUCUGGUGGGGGGCUCAUCCUUUUACUAUGAGAUUGCUGUAUAACGCUUUGAUUAGAAGUGUUUUAGAUUAUGGCACUUUCCUUCUACACCCUGGAAAUGUUAAAGCAAUCAAAAAAAUUGAUUCUAUUCAGUCUAAGGCUUUAAGAUUGGUCAUAGGUGCAAUGAAAUCAAGUCCAAUAAGUUGCUUACAAGUAGAAUGCUGUGAUCCACCCCUUGCGUUUAGAAGACAGUUCUUCUGUGAUAAAUUCUUUUUUCGUACUCUGCAAUUAGAUUCUCAUCCACUACUUUCAAAAGUAAAACAAUUAGCAGAACUGGUUGGAACCUGUAAUUAUUGGGCCCAUAAGGAUUCUCCUUGUCUUGUUAAGAGCUAUAAAAAAUAUCAAAGUUUGGAAGCACCCACUUACAGAAGCGCGACACUUCCUUUAUAUCAACACGACUACACCAGUCUCAUUAUAGAUCCAGAUAUUAGAUUUAACAUAGGCUUAUCUAAAAACGAUAUUAAUCCAAAAAUAGAAUUUAUUAACCUUCUUAACAUUGAAUGGGCUAAUUGGCACUGUUUAUACACAGAUGCCUCCAAACAUGGCGAUAGGAGUUGUGUUGGUGUUGGAAUUUUCCAUUCACAAUACAAAGGAUUACAACUUAUCAAACCGCCACCUGAAACUUCCGUCUACACUGGUGAAUGUUAUGGUUUACUUAAAGCUAUAGAAUAUAUACUUAUGCUGAAGAUACCUACCUAAAACCAUAAUUUUUUCAGACUCUCGCAGUGCUUUAGAAGCCAUAACGAGGUUCCCAUUUAAGACUCAUAAACAAUCUCCAGUUGUCUUUAAUAUUAGGAAUGUUUUAUAUAAAUGUUCACAGAAAAGUUGUGCUGUCGUGCUGGCUUGGAUACCAAGCCAUGUAGGCAUUCCUGGGAAUGAAAGAGCGGACCAAUUGGCAAAUGAGGCUAUUCUCGUGGGAGACAUUGUGCCAUACCAUAAUUAUUGUCAUGACUUAAUAAAUUUGUCAAUAGUGUAUUUGUAUGUGGAUUGGAAUGA